GAUCUUCUAUCGAAAGGAGGAUAGUGAUUUUAGUAAUGAAGGUAACAAAUAAUUUAUUUUUUCUGUGUUUGGGAGCGACAACACUUGGCGUUGUUUUGGGGGCUCCACGAGCUAUAAAAAAUGAUGAAGAUCUCGAAAAAAGUGUGGUUGAGUUUUUGUCACACGAUAAACAAUUUUUAUCAGCUUUGCAGCAUUCGGGUUUGAUAGAUGAAGGACAUGGCCCCUUAACCAGACAAAAGAGACAAUCUGAAGUACCAGAAAUGGACAUCGAUCAAUCUGAAGAUGUAGAAGAUGUUCCUCCUAAAGAUGGUUUUUUUGAUAGAGCAGCUAAGUUCAUUGUCGAUCUACUGCAGAGAUUCCUUAAAUGGGUCAAUUCAGAUAACUAAAAUCAAUAUUCACUAUGAUGUAUUGUAAUAUGUACAAAUAAAAUCUUAUUUCUUUUCCUAAA